GCAGGAAUCCACAAAGCUCCUAGUGCUUCUGAUAUGCAUGGUUCUUUGUAUCGCAGCGUUCUGCCUCGUCAGCCAUCGCCCUCGGGCUCACACACCAUGCAGCUUCACGACAGUAAGCACCCACAGCAGAAAAGUGAGCAUUCGCGAAAUUGUAGUGCCUCCACCGAAAGCACGAUACAACGCAGAUUAGAGCAAGUAGCUCUGGAUUGCGUCGCCGAUCCUGUGGCCUUGUCGAGCAGGAGCUUCUACUACACUGCCCAGCAUGACAAGCAAGUCAGCAACCACAUUGGCAAGACCGGAUUGGGGCAUAAGGAACAUGAAUGAUAUGAAGGGGAACUGGGAAAUGGGCUUUCGGUCCGAUAGAUGGAAUCAUGUUGGGCCAUUCUCAGCAUAGUAUGUAUGUAUGUGCACACACACGACUGGAAGUUGACAUGGAGCAAAUGGAAGAAAAAGGAGCGGACAG